AUGAGGCAGGGGACCAGGAAGGCAGCCUGGGAACCGUCCAUCCCCAGACCCUGGUCUCGGCAGGCAGCUAGGAGACCAUUCAUCUGUGGGCUGCAGGGGCGUCCACCUGUGGUCACCUGGACUCAAGCAAGCGAGGACCUCUUCGUGUGGACCAGGGGCGAGGACCUCUUCGGGUGGGCCAGGAGCAGAGACAUCUGCAGGCAGGCCAGGAGCGAGGACCCCAGCCGACGAGCCGGGAGUGAGGACCCCAGCCGAAGACAAGACAGGAGCUCGUUUGGUAACCAGUCAGCUGAGCUGUUCUCCAACAUCUCCUGUAACGAGUCCUCCAACACCUCGUCCUCUUGCUCUCUGGGGGACGAUGAGGAGCAGAGUGCAAACCCGUAUAAAACCCUGGAGAUGUUCUUCAUCGCGCUGGUGACCGGAUCUCUAAGUUUCGUGACUGUUACAGGGAAUAUUCUUGUCAUGCUGUCCAUUAAAGUCAACCGACACCUGCAAACGGUCAACAACUACUUCCUGUUCUCGUUAGCGUGCGCUGACCUGAUCAUCGGUGUGUUCAGCAUGAACCUCUACACUGUCUACAUCAUCGUUGGGUACUGGCCUCUAGGACCGGUGGUUUGUGAUCUGUGGCUCGCUUUAGAUUACGUGGUUUCCAAUGCCUCUGUGAUGAACCUGCUGAUCAUAAGCUUUGAUCGGUACUUCUGUGUGACCAAACCCCUGACGUACCCCACUAGACGGACCACUAAGAUGGCAGGACUGAUGAUCGCUGCAGCAUGGAUCCUCUCCUUCAUUUUGUGGGCUCCGGCCAUCUUGUUCUGGCAGUUCAUUGUUGGGCAGCGGACUGUCCCACCUGGAGAGUGUUAUAUUCAGUUCCUGUCCAACCCUGCGGUGACAUUUGGAACAGCCAUAGCUGCCUUCUACCUCCCUGUGGUUAUCAUGACUGUCUUAUACAUCAACAUCUCUUUAGCCUCCAGGAGUCGGGUCUCCAAACACAAACCUGAGAAGAAAGACAAGAAGGGCGUAAAAACUCCCGGUCUAAUAAAGAGUACCCUAAUAAAACAGAACAACAACAACGAGACAAGCCCCCAGGCAAGUCCACGUUCCACCCCCAAAUGCAGUCUGGAUUCAACUACCACUGCACUGGAGUCAGUGAAGAAUGGACAGGUGGAGGAACCCCAACCUGGUCAUCCAGAACCCACAGUGCACCCCAGUCCAAGACUUACACAGGAGGAGAAGGAGAGCUCCAAUGACUCGUCUACAGCAUUUCUUCCUCCUACAGAGCCAAGGACCAGCCAGGUGACAGCUCAGGCUGAGAAUAUUCCAAGUCCAGUUGUCACAACAACCGCCAACUCUGCUGGUCCCAAGAUCAACCCCACGUCUAGGUGGUCCAAAAUAAAGAUCGUCACAAAGCAGGCCGGAGACGAGUGCAUCACGGCCAUUGAGAUUGUCCCACCGGUGGAGGGAGCUGAGAGGCGCUCAAUCCCCAUCAGCCGCCCGAGGACCGUGGCCAGGAAGUUCGCCAGUAUCGCCAGAAGUCAGGUGAAAAGGAAACGACAGAUGGCUGCGAGAGAGAAGAAGGUAACCAAGACCAUAUUUGCCAUCCUGCUGGCCUUCAUCAUUACGUGGACUCCGUACAAUGUCAUGGUGCUGAUAUCAACCUUCUGUCAGUCCUGUGUUCCCGACACGGUGUGGGCCAUCGGCUACUGGCUGUGUUACGUCAACUCCACCAUCAACCCAGCUUGUUAUGCACUCUGCAAUGCCACAUUCAAGAAGACUUUCAAAAACCUUCUGCUGUGCCAGUAUAAAAAUAUAGGUACAAGAUGA